AUGAGGUAUUCUUUAUUUUUCAUUUCAAGGGAUUCCAAAUUGUUUUUUUUUCCAAAAAAUCGUAAUAUAACAUUUUUCAAACCAUUUAUUUCAGGUUCUAUAUCAUUAAAAGAUAUUAUUAUUAAGAAAAAUGUUUCAAAACAUAUUCAAAACUAUGUUUCCUGGAUUAAAACAUAUUUUACUUCAGUAGAAGAGAAAAUAAAUCAGUUAACAGGAUAUGCAAAGAUUGAACAAUUGAAAUGUUUAAUUUCUGAACAAGAAACUAAUUUGAAAAAAGCUCGUAUAGAAACUAAGGAAGCUAAAUAUAAACAUACAUUAGCAAUCCAAGAACGAUUAAAGUUACAACGAGAAGUAAAUGAACUUUUGCAACGUAAACAUUUAUGGACACCAUCUGAUCUUGAACGAUUUACUUCUUUAUAUCGUUAUGAUCAUGUUAACGAACAGGAAGAACAAAAGGCCUAUGCAGAUUUAAUUGAAUGUGAAAGUAGAUUGGAUGAAUUGCAAGUUCAAUUAUUACAUUUUAUGCUUAGAAGAUAUCAUGAAGAACAAAUAUGGAGUGACAAAAUUCGACGGAUGAGUACUUGGGGAACAUGGAGUUUAAUUGGAUUUAAUAUUAUGUUAUUUUUAAUUAUUCAACUUGGAUUAGAGCCAAGAAAACGUAAUAAAUUAAUGAACGAUUUAAAACAGCACUUUGAAUUACUUUCAGAGAAAAAUCAAGUUAAAUCUGAUAUGAAAGAAAUAGCAAUUCAAGACUCUAAAAAUUUAGAAAAUACAUAUAGUCUUCUUUCUGUAGAAUCAGACAGAUUUCAGAAAAAAAUAGCUUUACAAUAUUUUCAUGAUGUUAAAAAGAUGUUUUAUGGAGAACCAAUUGAACCAAAAACGGUUUCUAUAUUAUGUAUAUCAACCGCUUUUCUUGGAGCUACAUUAUGCUAUAUAAUUCAACAGUUUUUAUAA